AUGAAACGAGAGUCAGCUAAUGGAUUACAUGGCCUCAUCGAUGCUUUCGAGAAGCACACGAAGAUCUUGAAGCAGUUACAGGAACCUGUCGACGGUUGGAGUACAAUCUUAGCACAUCUGCUAUGCGCUCGCCUGGAUGACGUCACACUGAAGUUGUGGGAGGAUCAUGCUUCUACAUUGACAGAGCCGAACUACACUGCAUUCAUCGAAUUCCUGCAACGGCGGACACGUGUGCUCGAAUCCCUCUCGGUUAACUCUUCCCAAGCAGCGCAAUCAACUUCGUCACAACCCCUGCCCUCAAAGCGUUUCGGCCCUGCGAAGGUGUAUACUCAUGCUGCUUCCGAUGAGCGAAUCUUCAAAUGCGUAGCGUGCUCGCUUAAUCACCGUUUGGUGGAAUGCAUCGAAUUUCCCAAGAUGCCACUGGAGAAACGGCUGGACCUGGUGAACUCGAAUCGGCUGUGCAGCAAUUGCUUCAGGACGGACCACUUCGUGAAGAACUGCCAAUCGAAAUUCCGUUGCAAAACCUGUAGAGGAAAGCACCACACGAUGAUUCAUCCAGGGUUUCCCAACUCGAAUACAGUUUCGAACGUAGCGACGUCAAGAGGAUCGGAAGACAGCAAGAACGGGUCACCCUCAACAAUAGUCAACACAGUAGCGGUCGGUUGCAGUACGUUCUUGAUGACAGCGGUUGUAAAGGUCGUCGACCGCCACGGGAAUGAACUGUUUGCUCGUGCAAUGCUAGAUUCUGGAUCCAUGUCAAACCUGAUGACGGAAAGGCUCGCUCAACUGCUGCGUGUGAAGGGACAGAAGGUGAAAAUCGACGUACAUGGUGUAGGCACAGGCGUGGUAAAAUGCUCCCAAACCGUAUCCGUGGAGGUGCGGUCUCGAUUGACAGACUUCGCCAUGACUAUGGAAUUCUUGGUACUGAACAAGGUCACUGCCAAGCAACCCGUCGAAAGUAUUUCCACGCAUUCAUGGACCAUCCCUGAGAAUGUAUCAUUGGCGGAUCCUAAGUUCAACGUACGAGGCGAAGUGGACCUAAUUCUCGGAGUGCAACACUUUUUCUCGUUAUUUGGCCAAACCCCUCCGAUUCAUCUGGGACCCAACCUUCCUUUGGUCGUCGAAACCGUAUUUGGAUGGGUCAUCGCCGGAAGCGCUUCACUACAACCACACUCUCGGAUCACCAUCUCUAACUGUGUCACAGCUGAACCAUUGGGUCGUUUGAUAGAACGUUUCUGGGAAGUUGAGGAACUGGUCGACCGGAAACAACUAUCUAUCGAAGAGGAGGACUGCGAGGAGCUCUACAACACAACAACGACGCGAGAUGAAGAAGGGCGAUACGUCGUCAGAAUGCCGAAGAAACCGAUGAUCGAUCAAAUGUUGGGAGAAUCCAAGUCAUCGGCCCUGCAUCGUUUCAACCUACUGGAGAAAAGGCUCGAAAGGAACGAGGAACUUCGAACGGCAUAUCACAAAUUCCUGCGAGAGUACCUUGAUUUGCAGCAUAUGGAGUUGGUUCCUGAUUCCGAGCAGCAAUCCAAACGAAGUUUCUACUUGCCCCAUCACCCUGUCCUGAAGGCUUCCAGCACAACUACAAAAUUGAGGGUUGUCUUCGACGGAUCGGCGAAAACUAGUACCGGAUGCUCCCUGAAUGAAGCACUGCUUGUGGGCCCUGUCGUACAGGAUGAACUACUGCACAUUGUGAUUCGUUUCCGGAAGUAUGCUGUAGCUUUGGUCGGAGACAUUGAAAAGAUGUACCGUCAGGUGACGGUCCACCCUGAGGACAGAUCUCUUCAACAAAUCUUGUGGAGAUUCGACACAUCCGAACCUAUUCGUACCUACCAACUUCGUACCGUUACCUACGGACUGGCUCCAUCAUCGUACCUAGCAACCAAAACACUCCUGAGACUCGCCGAGGACGAAGGACAAUAUUACCCGAAGGCAGCACCACUGGUUCCGAAAUGCUACUACGUCGAUGACUUCAUUGGGGGAGACGACACUGUGGAAGGAGCCAUCACUUUGCGAAAUGAGAUGGGUGAUCUGAUGGCCAAAGGCGGCCUUCCCUUACGAAAAUGGACAUCGAAUCGUCUGGAAGUUCUCCAAGGACUUCCCCAAGAUCAAAUCGGAACACAAUCCUCUAUCAAAUUCGAUCCGGACGAAACCGUUAAAACGCUGGGCAUCACCUGGGAACCAGAAUCCGAUUGCCUGAAGUUCGACAUCAGCAUCAAGGAAAACGAUGGCUCACUGACGAAGAGGAAAAUCCAGUCCUGCAUAGCGCAACUCUUCGACCCCCUAGGACUCAUUUCUCCGGUCGUCAUCUCUGCAAAGGUCAUCAUGCAGCGUUUGUGGCUCAUACCCAUCGGAUGGGACGACGAAGUACCCAAGGAUCUCCAAGAAUUGUGGCAGGAAUUUCGUCCUCAAAUCAACGAACUGGCAGCUUGCAAGGUCGAUCGUUUCAUCUUUCUACCAAAUGCAGUAUCGGCGCAGUUGCACUGCUUCGCAGACGCCUCCAAGGUAGCAUAUGGCUGUUGCAUCUACGCACGCUCGGUAGAUGAACAUGGUACGGUGAAGGUUCAACUGGUUUCGGCGAAAUCCCGGGUCGCUCCCUUGAAACGACUCAGCAUCCCCCGACUGGAACUGUGCGCCGCACAACUCGCCGCUCGUUUGUACACCAAGGUCACUCAAGCACUGGAAUUGGAAUUCGACGCCGUACACUUUUGGUCGGACUCGACCGUAGUCCUAGAUUGGUUACGGGCCCCAUCAUACCACUGGAAAACCUUUGUGGCCAAUAGAGUAAGCGAAAUCCAAACUACAACCCACGAUGCCCCAUGGAAACACGUCCUAGGAACCCAAAACCCGGCGGACCUGGUCUCAAGAGGAAUGCACGUCAGCGACUUCCUGGAAAGCAGUCUAUGGCAUCACGGUCCGGAAUGGUUAGGUACAUCGGAGGAGAAUUGGCCACAACAGAAGGAAUUGGAACCUACACCGGAGGAUCAAAUGGAGAGGGAAACGGUGGCGGCUGCGGCAGCCUGCACGGUCAAAAUCAACCCUAUUUUCUCUCGCUAUUCCCAUUUCACCAAACUCAUCCGAGUGACCGCUUGGAUAUCCCGGUUCCGACGCAAUUGCCAAUCGCGUCAUCUUGGUCAACACCUGCAUUUGGACACAACCCUGUCUGUGGAAGAAUUGGAAAACGCAAAACACCAACUCGUCCGACUCGUUCAAUCGGAAACCUAUCAACAGGAAAUUAAGGACCUCUCCACUGGCAAACUCGUUUCUCCCAAGUCAACCAUCCGCAACCUGCUCCCGUUCUGUGAUGAGAAAGGCAUACUUCGAGUUGGAGGCCGUCUACGACACUCCAACGAACCGUACGAGACGAAACACCCAAUCCUUCUACCAGGAAACCAUCCGUUCACCAAACUGCUGGCUCGACACUAUCAUCAUAAGCUUCUACACGGUGGACUACGACUAAUGCUGGCUGUAAUCCGGGAAAAUUACUGGCCGGUCAAUGGAAAACGUCUGCUGCGAGGAAUCACCAGAAGCUGCUACGAAUGCACACGAACGAAUCCGGUUCCAGUACGACAACCUAUGGGUCAACUUCCAGCCUCACGGGUAACUCCCAGCCGAGCAUUCUUCCACACCGGAGUGGAUUAUUGUGGUCCAAUCUAUCUGCGUCCACCUCAUCGGAAAGCUGCACCAAUCAAAGCAUACAUUUGCAACUUCAUCGGGGCUCGGAAUGAGCUCCACGAAAUCUACCAACGUCUGCAAAACCAGUCCGACCUAAACCACAUCCGGGACAAUCUUGCUAUGGUAGGAAUAUCGUGGCCCCUAAUCCCACCGAAGGCACCUAAUUUCGGCGGAUUGUGGGAGUCCGCGGUCAAGAUCGCAAAACGUCAUCUGCAGCGGCAACUUCGAGAUUCCCUACUCAGCUACGAAGAGAUGUCCACAGUACUGGCCCAAAUUGAAUCGUGUAUGAAUUCCAGGCCACUUUGUGCAUUAUCGGAGGACACUUUGGAUCUCUCUGCCUUGACACCAGGCCACUUCUUGAUUGGCACCUCCUUGCAUGCUCUGCCAGAUCCGGAUCUUCGAGAAAUCCCCAUCAAUCGGCUCGAUCGAUUUCAGCGGCUUCAGGAGAAAACACAGCAGUUCUGGUUUCAAUGGAGGAACGACUAUUUGAAGGAACUGCAACGCGAUUCCAAACCCUUUCGCUGCCCUAGCACGACGCUGAGGACGGGGACAAUGGUGAUUCUCCGCGACGACUCACUACCUCCUACGAAAUGGCCUCUAGCACGAAUUCUCGAAGCAAAUCCUGGCGGCGACGGCGUGGUGAGAGUGGUUGUUGUUCGGACGAGCAGCGGGAUAUACAAGCGACCGGCUUCCCAGAUCUGUCUUCUGCCUGCGGAUGAUCAGCAAUCUUUUUCAGCAAUCAGCGAUACAGCGAAGCACGACGUGGACGACGAUUCAGAAUGCUGA